AGUCCCACAACGAUUUGACUUUUCCAUAGUGUUAAAACCUAUGGAAACAACAAGACUCUUCUGGGUUGGGUUUGGCGGUUGCUCGUUGACGUUUUAAACAGUAGACUGCAUGUUUUCAACGUGCGGCUGUUGAACACACCCCUAGCAUGUUGUCUCAGCGGUAGAUUUGGAUUGGACGGACUAGGGCUGAAAGAAAAUGGGAGACGACUUGGGUGAUGAGUGGUGGCAACACGUGCAUAAAUCAGGUUUUGCAGUUCAACCAGAAGUGCAAGCAGUGGAUCAAGCUGUCUGUCCUGUCAACCAGAAGUGCUGCUGUUGAAGAUACGUCUGAGGUGGAGGAGGAAGUGGAACAACAGAAACAACCGAGAGCAAAAGCAAACACAAAGACAAGACCGGAGAAGAGGAAGAGGAUAACAACAGAGAAAGCAGUUAAAACCAAGAAAAAGAAUGCACAGAAAUUGUGUGUAGUUCCUCAAAAGAAAGAGGCUGAGGCUGAAGAGUCAACUAAUCCCAAGAAGAAGAGGAAGAAGAAGACGAUUACAGAUGUUUUAGCCACCUCCGAGCCAAAGCCAGGCUCUCCAGUUGACCUGCAGAACCUGGUUACACAGUACUUUUCAGACAAGCGCUCUGUGAUAGAGCAGGAGGAGCUCGAAUUGCAGGGCUCCUGCUUCCUGUCCAGUAAUGACUUGACACACAGCCUCUCCUCUUAUCUCAAACAAAUUUGUCCCAAAUGGGCAAAGAUUCAAAAGCAGCACACAGAGAAGAGUUCGGUGGUUCUGCUCAUCAUCUGUAGCUCCGCUCUCCGUGCCAUCGAGCUCAUCAAGCAGCUGACCACCUUCAAGGGUGAAGCCAAAGCAGUGAAGCUUUUUGCAAAACAUAUCAAGAUAGAGGAACAGGUGAAGCUGCUGCAGAAAGGUGUCACACACAUUGGAGUGGGGACACCUGGCAGGAUCCAUGCUCUUCUUGAGAAAGAGGGUUUGAACUUGCAGGCAUUGAGAUACCUGGUUCUGGACUGGAACUGGAGGGACCAGAAGCUCAGAAGGAUGGUUGACAUUCCUGAGGUCAAACUGGACCUGAUGAAGCUGCUAGAGAUUGGUAUCCUGAAGGGCUGCAGAGAAAACAAAAUCAAAAUUGGACUUUUUUAACUGCAUGUUGUAAACUUGAUUCUGAUUUGCAUGAGGACUUGAUGUUUAAAACCACACACUGAUGUUGUUGGCAUCAGUGCCGAGGGGCCUCAUCCUGUUUGUUUUCCCUUUUGUGUUCGUAUGAAACCUGUGCUUUUAUUUUCCUUGUCAAACGAGUGGUGCUGUUUGUUCACUCUUGUAGUCCAACACCAUGACCCAUAGAUUGAUGGAUUGAAUAAACAGACUCAGACUGAA